GGCAGCACGCCGCUGGGCUGCUACGGGAAGCUGGUGGAGUACUGCCGGAACGGGGACCUCUCCUUCAAGUACGUGAAAACCUUCAACAUGGACGAGUACGUGGGUCUCCCAAGGGAUCACCCGGAAAGUUACCAUUCCUUCAUGUGGAAUAACUUCUUUAAGCAUAUUGACAUCUCUGCAGAAAACGUUCACAUUUUGGAUGGAAAUGCACCUGAUCUACAGGCGGAGUGCAACGCAUUUGAGGAUAAAAUCAAGGCUGCUGGAGGAAUUGAACUCUUUGUUGGAGGUAUUGGCCCAGACGGUCACAUUGCCUUCAACGAGCCUGGAUCAAGUUUGGUAUCCAGGACACGAGUGAAGACCUUGGCUAUGGACACUAUAUUGGCUAACGCCAGGUUCUUUGAUGGUGACCUCUCCAAAGUCCCCACAAUGGCUUUGACAGUCGGAGUAGGCACUGUCAUGGAUGCCAGAGAGGUGAUGAUUCUCAUCACGGGAGCCCACAAAGCCUUUGCUUUGUACAAAGCCAUUGAGGAAGGCGUCAACCACAUGUGGACAGUGUCUGCUUUCCAGCAACACCCCAACACUGUGUUUGUGUGCGAUGAGGAUGCCACACUGGAACUCAGAGUUAAGACGGUGAAAUACUUUAAAGGUUUAAUGAUGGUACACAACAAGCUUGUGGAACCCUUAUACAGCAUGAAGGAGAUGGGAGCAGAAGGAAGCCAGUCUAAGAAGCCAUACAGUGAUUAAUCUCCCUGUUCAGAGUAGUGCUGAACCAGCUUUUCUGUUGAAAACCAGCUGUGAAAGAAGGGAAUUGCUGCAGAAACUCAUCUCCUAUUUGUUCUUAAAUUAGCAAA